AUGAGCGCGGUUCAGCAGGCGAACGAAGCGGAGAAGAACAUUGAGAUAUGGAAGAUCAAGAAGCUCAUCAAGCGGCUUGAGGCUGCGCGAGGAAACGGAACGUCCAUGAUCUCUCUCAUCAUUCCUCCCAAGGAUCAGGUCUCCCGAGCAGCGAAGAUGUUGGCCGAAGAAUUUGGAACCGCGUCCAACAUCAAAUCGCGCGUCAACCGUCUUUCUGUGCUUUCCGCCAUUACAUCCACCCAACAACGUCUCAAGCUCUACAACAAGGUUCCUCCGAAUGGCUUGGUUGUGUACUGUGGUGAAAUCAUAACGUCCGAAGGAAAGGAACGUAAGAUUAAUAUCGACUUCGAGCCAUUCAAGCCCAUCAAUACAUCACUAUACCUUUGUGACAACAAAUUUCACACCGAAGCCUUGAGCGAACUGCUCGAGUCCGACCAGAAGUUUGGUUUUAUCAUCAUGGACGGUAACGGGGCGCUCUUUGGUACAUUGAGUGGUAAUACAAGAGAAAUUCUCCAGAAGCUCAGCGUCGAUCUACCCAAGAAGCACGGCCGUGGUGGUCAGUCCGCCCUUCGUUUUGCACGUCUACGAGAGGAAAAGCGUCACAACUAUGUGCGAAAGAUUGCCGAGUUGGCUGUGCAAAACUAUAUCACCAAUGACAGAGUCAAUGUCGCCGGUAUCAUCCUCGCCGGUUCUGCCGAUUUCAAAAACGACUUGAACCAGUCGGAUAUGUUCGACCAGCGACUCCAGGCAAAGGUCAUCAAGGUCGUUGACGUCUCAUAUGGUGGUGAGAAUGGUUUCAACCAGGCCAUUGAGCUUUCGGCCGAGACUUUGAGCAAUGUGAAGUUCGUCCAGGAGAAAAAGCUCAUUGGGAAGUAUUUCGAGGAAAUCAGUCAAGACACAGGAAAAGUCUGCUACGGUGUUGAAGAUACCCUAAAGGCAUUGGAACUUGGAGCAUGCGAGACGCUGAUCGUAUAUGAGAAUCUGGACGUCACCAGAUGGGUUCUCAAGAACUCCGAGGGUGCCGAAGUUGUCGUCCACACGACCAAAGCUCAAGAGGAAAAUAAGGAGUUUUUCCUGGACAAGGAAACCGGCACCGAAAUGGAGGUUGUGGAUCAAGGCUCCUUCCUUGAAUGGCUUGCUGAAGGCUACAAGGACUUUGGAGCCACCCUGGAGUUCGUUUCGGACAAGUCGAGCGAAGGCAACCAGUUUGUCAAGGGCUUCGGUGGUAUUGGAGCAAUCCUCCGGUACAAAGUCAAUUUUGAACAACUUGCUGAUUAUUCUGACGAAGAUGAAUUCUACGACGGGAGCGAGGAUGAAAAGCCAGAAGUUCCCAAUUCGGGUCUUUUGACGGCUCGCCCGAUGCACCACCAAGGCGGCUCCGAAGGCGAAACCGUCGCUUUCACGGUAGAUACCGUGAUGCGACCUGGACAAAGCUUUGUGCAGAUGCUCAGAGGGCCAUCCCAGCUCCGUAAAAUGGUCACCGAAGUUGCCUAG